AUGGAGCCUCCUAGGCAGGCAGCAUGGAUGAUCCGGAAGAUCUUUCACAUGAGGAAAUUUUGGCCAAUGCUUGCAAGUCAACAACAACUACAGGACAGAGGUAAAUUUCAGAUCAAGUGUGCUUACAAAAUACUAAGAGGGGCUGUCACAACUGUUCCAUGGAGAGGACUAGUGUGCCAUAAUGUGGCAUGUCCAAAACAUGUGUUCAUACUAUGGUUGGCACUCCUUGGUAGAAUGAGAACAAAAGAUCUGCCGUUAAAAUGGGGUAUGGGAAUUAAUGGCACUUGUGUAUUGUGCAACAACCAGCCUGAGACCAUUGAACAUCUUUAUUUUGAGUGCACAUAUUCUCAUGAAAUAUGGCUGAGGAUUUUGCAAUGGUUGGGUUGGCAGAGGACUAUCUUAGAUUGGGGGAGAGAAUGGAAUUGGGUUCAACAACAUAGCAAGUCGAAAAAUCCUAGAAAUGUGCUGAAGGCUUGCUUUGCAGCAGUGGUAUAUGAAGUUUGGUGUGAAAGGAACUCUAGAGUAUUUCAAAGCAAAACAGUCACCAUGGAUAAGAUGAUACAUAUGAUACAAACUAAUAUGUGCAUACGAGUUAGGGAAAAUAGGAACUUGUUUGAUACUAUUUGUUCUUUAUAG